AGUUGUGAGUGUUAGAAGAUGUCAGUGAUGGUGGUAGGUGUGAGGGCCGGGCGCGUGGUGUCAGCAGGAGCCAGACACAAGCACACACUCUCUGCAGAACAACAGCAGCAGCAACAGCAGCAACCACCACAGCAAAAGAUGCACCAGGCAGCGAGUGGAAUGACCAGUUUUCAACCAUCACACAUACCCAUGCCAGCAAACGUAGAGGAGCUUCAGGCGUCGGAAAAGGCACGUUUCUCUCCUCGUCGCAACAGAGAUGUUUCUUCACAGUUGAACCAAGUGGGCAGCUUGUUUAGCUCAGGGUUCAUGGGCAACCAAGGGUCACAGAGUGCCUACAACCGUGGAACACUGCCUGUUGACUCUCACGUUGAUGUUUAUGAUGCACGCAUCACAGUUUCUUUGUCUUCGGUGAUGCAAACAAAUGUCCCCAAGCCUUAUGGAAUUUCAGGGAAGGCCCCAGUUCAUCUAAACAUGCUUGGUGGUCAGUGGGCCCAGGAUGACAAGUAUGUCUCUGGUGACCUCCUCGACCACCACCACUCUACCAUCAUCUUGAAGAAAAACCCAGUGGAGUAGAUAUGACGGGGUUGAUAAAGAGUUUAGGCAUCAACAUAGGAAGGGUGACCGAGGGAGCUGCUGCUGCUGUGGGUUGUGAAACUUCGGCCUCCAUAGCAACUGCACCAGAGGAAGCUCUUGGCGAGGUUG